UGGCACCCCUGAUCAUAACUGUUUCGGUAGUGGGAAAAAUCGAUCGCAUUUUUAGUUAAAUAAACUGAAUUACCUCAAAAAGUUUAAAUUUCUUUUAAAAACCUCGAAUAUUGAUGCAUCAACUAUUUUGGUGAAUUGAAUUUCAAUACUAUCUCACCCAAAGUUCCGGUAUCAAUGGAAAGUGAAAAAGACACAUCGGAGUCAGUUGUUACUGAUGAACCAGCGACAGCUUCAGCCACACUCGAAUCUACGUCGGAAGGAAUUUCUCAAAUCGAUAACGAUGUUUCUGAAGCUAUCGCAAGCGAUUCUAAAGAACAUUUUGACGAUGUAUUUUCCCCAACCAAACGUAAGAUGCCGAAAGUCAUAACGGUGCUAGAUGAUAGCGGAGAAGAGGCGGAUUUAAUGGAGGUGACGGAACAGAAUGAAGGUAAAGCAUUCCCAAACACUGAUGCCGAAGUAGUCACUGCAGAAAUUGAUGUGUCGCAAGACCCCGUAGACGAUGAAUUGUCCAAGACUUCAGGAGUUUCGAACAAAACAACUAUUGAAGAGGAGGAAACCAAAUUUUCUAGAACUUCCAAAGACGGAAAUGAACCACUAAUUAUUGCUGUGGAAGAGAGUGUUUUGCUUGUAUCAUCGGAUGUUGCAGAACCUACUGAAGAAGGUACGAGGGAUGACGCAAAUUCAAAUAAGGAUAACAAACCGAGUCAUAGGAAUGUUAAUGAUCCACACGAAGAGGAAAUGCAAAACAUGCCGAAUAAAACGAUUGUUUCUGAAUCACGAAAAGACAACAUUUCUAGCACUGAAUCCUUAAAGAAUUUAACUGAAGACAAAGCCUGUAAUCUGACAGAAAAUCAAGAGAUGAAAGAUACUUAUAGAGUUGAAACGCAUUCAUCAUCCCUGGAGGAAACAAAUCAAGAAGAUCUCCAUAACGAAAAAGAUAACAUUGAUCAAAUAGAAGAAAUAACAACGGGAUCUAUUCAGACUCAAUCCGUGAUAGAAUCAAAUGAUGAUUCCAAAGAGGUUUCAACGGAAAAAUCAAAAGAAACUAUCACCAUUUCCGAUAGAACAGUUGAACUGAGCGUAGAAAAAAAAAGCCAAGUUUUAAAAUCCACGACUAGUGAAACAUCGGACACAAUUGAUAAAACGGAAAAUUUAGAAACGCAAAAACAAAUAUCUGAUGAUGAGAGUCAAAGCUCCGAAAUUAUUCUAAUCGACGAUUCUCAAGGAACAACCGAAAAUGAUGACCAUGGAAAACAAGAAGGUCUAGAAAAAGAAACAAUUGAGGAGAAGAAAGAAGACUUGGCUCUUCCAGAAUCGUCUCCAAAAACUUCAGAGGAUAAACCAAAAAUAAAUAAAAUCGGCGCCAUAAACACAGACAAUGUAGUGUUAAAAGACAUCCAUACAAAUGAAGAAUCAAAAUCUGAAACCAUAUCCAAUGAACCAAUUUCAGAAGAACCUAAUGGGAAAGCAAAACAAUCGAAGGAUGAUAUAAUUUUGAUCGAAGAUGGUUCAGGUUCAGGUGAAAAUCAUCGGCUAGAUAGUCAGGAUAAAAUUGUCAUGAAAGAAUCCACUGAAACAAUAGAAGAUAAACCAAUAGAAGAAGAUAACAAAACUGAAUCAGCUUUGGUGCCAAAAAAUUCAACGGAAAAUAAAAUAACAAGCGAUGAUGAAGAUGUUGUCAUGAUUGGUGAUGAUACUCACAUCACUGAAGAAAAUACCAAUAAUACACCUUUGACUGAAAAAUCGUCCAUAUCUGAAGUAAACAAAGAAAAAAACAAUGACAUUUACGAAACUCAUGAAAAAUUGUCGAAGGAAGAAGAAAUGCAAAUUGACGAACCGAUAGCCGUUAAAUUGAAUGAAAAUGAACAAGCCCUCGGUGAAAAGAAGGAAGCAUCAAAAAAAUCGCCGAAGAAAAUCAUUAUGUUGGAUGAAAAAUCAGGCAAUUUUGAAGAGAUAGAAUGUCCUCCGGAGGAAUCAGUAGUUCCCCAACUCAUCACAGGCGAUUCUGACGAAGAAGUAAUAAUGAUUGGUUCGAGUCGUCCUAAGAAAACAAACGAACGAAAUGGCAGCAAAACGCAGUCCAAGGCAGCUCCGACAGCCGCAGUCAUGAAAUCUGCCCCCGUAGCUACAGAAAAGCUCGAUCCUAAAAGUAACAAAACUACCCCCAAAACUGUUUCGGUUGACUGUGUUAAUCCGGAGUGUCAACGAGAAUCAUCCCAAAGUGCUCCGGCUCCACUUUUCAUACUUAACUUUUACGGAGUUCCUAAGAAAAAUAAACGACAACGAAUCUGUCUGACGUGCUACGAUGAGUCUAUACAAAAAUAUGAGGAACUUUGUGGUGUUGUUGAGGAUCACAGGCCGCUGCUAUUCUCCGACAUGCCUCGAAAAAAUGAACUUGUUGAAAUUUCUGACAGCAGCGAGGAGGAGGAGGAUGAAGAAACCAAAAAGGAAUCCGAAAAACCUCUAUCUGCUGAUAUCAUAUCGUUGGUAGAAUCGGAAUUGAACAGCAUUCUCACCAGCACUUUCGAAAAGAUUAAUAUAACGCAGCAGAUUGAUUGGACAGAACAAAUUAUGAAACAAAAGAUUGCAUAUAAUGCGAAACUAUCGGACGAAAUUAACAACGAGCUGAACGAGCUGCAGCGAAAAGUGGACAAGAUUCACCUUCAAUUAUACUCGAAAUCCCGGCCUCGCUUCCAGGAAUUGCCACCGUGCAACAUUUUUCACGAAGUAGACCUACGCAAUCAACCCGCCACUGUUGGUCAAACGCAAACGUCUUCUAGUCGGCAAGCAUCGUCUCCGCAGAAGCCAGCCAGUGCAUCUCUAGGUCCCAAAAAGGAAGAAUUUCACCGUCCAGCAAUAGUUGUCGGGCAAUUUUUCUUCGCCGUCAAGCACAAAUUGCUGAGUAACUGGGCUGAAUGUCAGGUUGUGGAAGCAGUCUCGGUAGCCGAAAAAACUCUAUACAAAGUAAAUUUUAUGAUCAGUACGGCAACUGGAACUGCGCCCAUCAAAGUAGUUCCAGCUAAAUAUUUGGCGUACCGACAUUCUUUCAAUGUUAAGCUUCCCCUCGGGACGCGAGUUAUUGCUCGUUUCGAUGCUGGAACUACUUUACUUUCCGCGAAACAGAGUUCGCAGCAAUCGAAGACGACCUCGUACUACCCUGGAAUCAUUGCGGAAUCGUUUGGAAAAUAUAACCUUCAUCGAUAUCUAAUAUUCUUCGAUGAUGGCUACGCACAGUACGUCAAUCAUGGCGAUGUCCGAGUGGUCUGUGAAGAGUCAAAAGAAGUAUGGGAGGAUAUCCAUCCUCAUUCGCAAGAAUUUAUUCGUAAUUAUCUAUUGAACUACCGUUCGCAAAGACCAAUGGUGCAGGUCAAAGUGGGACAAAAAAUUAUCACUGAAUGGAAGGGAAAAUGGAUCUAUGCAAAGGUGGUUGACAUUGAUGCAAGUUUAGUUCAACUGCACUUUCCGGACGACAAUCGGUAUGAAUGGAUUUACCGGGGAUCCACCCGUUUGGGUCCACUCUACCAGGAGAAGGCUCUAAGCAUGAGCAAGCAAAACAAUAAAUUCUCUAAAUUCCAGAAACGAAAUGAACCAUCUAUCGAAUACAUCACUUUAGAUGAUGACGAUGAUGAGGAUCAAAAUAAGCAAGACGCUAAAAAGACCACCACUACGCAAGAACAGAACGAUCAACAACAACAACAGAACAAGUAUAUAUCACAUCAACAGAUAAACCAGCAGACGAAUGAUAACUCUAUUCGUUCGGUUGCCAAAAAGAGCACAUUUAGCAGAUCUUUACCACAGCCUCAAACACAGCCAUCAGCCGUCUUUAUGAACAGUUCAACUAUCUACUGUGAGGAUGAUCGACCAAAGGGCAAAAUCGUUUACUACACAGCCAAAAAACAUCUGCCGCCACUGAAAUACAAACCUCAUGAUUGCAACCCAAGUUGCCUGUUUAAAAUAACACACAAUCUCAAAUCAUAUAGUCCACUUGCCAAACCUCUCCUGUCCGGCUGGGAACGACAGCUUUGCAAGAUGCGCUACAAGAAGGUGUUUGUAGUUUAUCGAGCUCCUUGCGGAAGGCGACUAAGAAAUAUGUACGAACUCCAUCUGUAUCUUCGCAUGACCCAGGCACUACUCAACGUAGAAAACUUCGAUUUCGACCCGAUGGUACAUUGUCUGGCGGAGUAUGUCAUUGAGAAUCACAUCUACCACAACCCUGAUCUUUCGGAUGGGAAAGAAUAUAUGGCCGUGCCCUGCGUUAACUAUUUCGACGACACCAAACCACCACCCUGUAUAUACUCGACCGAGCGUAUUCCAACGGAAGGGGUCAAUCUCAAUUUGGAUCCUAAUUUCUUGUGCGGAUGCGAUUGUGAGGAUGAUUGUUUGGAUAAAACUCGCUGCCAAUGUUGGCAGUUGACUAUCGCUGGUGCCAAAUUUGGCAAUCCGAACACUCCUGUCGAUAAUAUCGGUUAUGUGUAUAAGCGCCUGCAGGAAGCGGUUUUAACCGGUAUCUAUGAAUGCAACGCUAAUUGUCGCUGCAAGAGCAAUUGUUUGAACCGAGUAGUGCAGCAUCCACUGCAAACGAAACUACAGGUGUUCAAAACGAGUAACCGGGGCUGGGGAAUCCGAUGUUUGAACGAUGUCCCCAAGGGAUCCUUUAUUUGCAUCUAUUCAGGACAUUUGCUGACCGAGGAAGCAGGAAAUAAUAUUUGCCAGAUGAACGAGAACAAAGCCGGGGAUGAGUAUUUCGCCGACCUAGAUUACAUUGAAACCGUGGAACAAUUAAAGGAAGGUUACGAGACAGAUGUGGUGGAAUCAGAGAGUGAAAAUGAUAGCGAUGGGCCAGAUUAUGAUGCUAAAAAGGAUCUGAGCGAUGGAUCUGAUGAGGAUUUUACUGGCAAGGUCAAAACCACAAACCAGGUUAUUAAAACGCGAUCGCAACUUCUUCGUAGCGACAGCAGCAAAGAUGACUCAAAGGGAUCAGAAACGCAGAAACAAAAAAAACACAAAAAGAAAGAUGAGAACCGGACAGGUUCAGAUGAUGAACGUGAGAUGGUGAGUUUAGUACCAACUUUGGAGAUGAACAAGGAAGACGAUUCUAAUGGACUCGCCAAGUUUCGGUCCGUACGUAAAAUGAUGGGGAAGCAUGAAGCCAUUUACAUUAUGGAUGCCAAAAAAUCAGGCAAUCUCGGACGUUAUUUCAACCAUUCCUGCAACCCGAAUCUCUUUGUGCAAAACGUUUUCGUUGACACGCACGAUUUGCGUUUCCCAUGGGUAGCCUUCUUCGCACUCAGCAACAUCCGGGCUGGUUGUGAAUUGACAUGGAACUACAACUACGAUGUUGGAUCCGUCCCAGGUAAAGUACUGUAUUGCCAGUGCGGUGCGGAAAAUUGUCGUCAACGGUUGCUGUAAAUCGAAACCUGGCUUGAAACGUCUCACACAAACGUCAUUACGUGUAUUUCCUUUUAGUUUUUAUCCGAGCGACGGUUAGAUUUUAAUAUUCUGACAAACUGUGAAUGUUUCUAUUAUGGACAUAGUAUUAAGCAAAUAAAUAUCAUGAAUACAGUAAA